UCUACUGUUGUUGGCGGACCCCGGUGUAUAUUUCUUACAAGUUUACAUUACGCCGCUAUGGCUGUCGAGACCCCCAGAUAUCACCACAAAGAGCCGUUUAUGGGCUUAGACUAUUUUCUUGGCUUUAUGAACGCAUUCAAGGGGGGUUUUCUUCUUCAGUUCAGCCACGAACUGUUCGAGAAACUCGGAAAUACCUACAUUGUCAAGUCUUUCGGAAAAAAAGUUUUCAAGACCAGAGACCAGGAAGUUUCUAAAGCUGUGCAUGCCACUUAUUUCGAAAACUUUGGUCUGCAAGGUCUUCGUUAUGACACGGCUGUCCAUUUGUGGGGCAACGGGAUCAUUGUUGUAGACGGUCCACACUGGAAACAUGGAAGAGCGCUCAUAAAAUCAUCGUUUGAUGUGGUGCACCUUGCGAACAUGGAACGACUCAGAAAGCACACCAGCACGUUCCUAGCUUUACUGCCAGAAGACGGCUUGACGGUUGACCUCGCCCCCUUGUUCAAGAGACUGAUUUUGGACACUUCUAGCGAGUUCAUCUUUGGAGAAGCCAUGGGAGCUUUGAAAGACUCGAAGCAAUUCACCGACUUCAUGAAUGCAUUCGAAUACGCGCAACGAGGAACGGGAAUCCGAUCGGUGCUUGGUCGCCUAAAAUUUCUUCAUCGUGAUGAGAAAUGGUGGAGCGCCUGUCAGCAGGUGACCGACUAUGCGGACAGAUACGUUAAUACAGCAUUGAAACGCCUCAAGGAGGAGAGGACGCAAGGCAAGACAAGCCAACUGAAAGAACGCUUGCGUUUAGUCGACGAAAUGGCGCGUGACACUCAAGAUCGAGUUACUCUGCGUUCGCACAUCAUCAGCGUAUUCAGCCCAGCUCAUGAUGGCGCAGCAACUGCUUUGACUAAUGUCAUUUUUCAUCUGGCUCGCCACCCCGACGUUUGGUGGAAACUCAAAGCCGAAAUUGAGUCGACAAAGGAAGAGAUACUUACAUAUGAGUUACUGAACUCUUACCAGUAUCUAGAGUGGGUACUAAAGGAAACCCAUCGCUUGACAACCAUCGCUACGACCAACCAACGACUGUGCGUAAAGUCCACCGUUGUACCCUUUGGUGGCGGCCAAGAUGGACGUUCUCCAAUGUACAUUCAGAAAGGCGACAUUGUUGAAAUACAUUAUCGCGCCAUGGGACGGGACAAAACUUUCUGGGGCGAUGACGCAGAUCUCUUUCGACCUGAACGCUGGGAAUCAGCCCGUCCAGGUUGGCAGUAUACGCCUUUCGGUGGUGGCCCCCGUUCUUGUCCUGGGAUGCGUCUCGUCUUCACAGAGAGUGCUUACGUGCUUGUUAUGCUAUUGAGGAAGUAUAAAGAGAUUGUUAACCGCGAUCCAGAGCUUGAAUGGAAGGAAGAGUUUUGCCUUACCGUCCAGAGCAAGAAUGGCUGUGUCGUAGCGCUCGUUGCAUGA